GAAAUGUGAGGUUAUAACAAAAAGUGUCACACAACAGUAUAAACAAAAACUGAAAACAUUGAUAUUAAAUAGUUAUUUUGGAUAUCAAAAUAAUAUAUAAUUUAAAAUGCCCAAAGUAGUUUCCAGAAGUAUUGCAUGUUCUGAUACUAAAGACCAAGAAGAGUAUGGUGAUGAAAAACCACUACACAUUUAUUACUGUUUAUGUGGACAGAUGACAUUAAUUCUUGAUUGUUCAAUAGAAAAAUUACCAUUAAGAAAGAGAGAUGCUGCCAGAGUCUUAGAUGGCACUAAUCACGCCCACAAAAUGACUUGCAAUCCAGAUGAAACAGUCUAUUUAAAACGCCCCGAAGGAAUAGAAAGACAGUACAGAAUGAAGUGUAAGAAGUGUGGUCUUCUUUUAUAUUACAAACAUGAACCACAGAGCCCUAUUAGUUUUAUAGUCAAAGGAUCUGUGAUAAAAAGUACAAAUGAAGGGCCAAUCAACAAUAUAUACAAUCAAGUAGCUAUAGAAAAACCAAAGAAGAUCAUGGUCACAAAACAUACUAAAAAUAUGGGUAAAUUCAGUUCAGUCACAGUGUCAACUAUUGAUGAGGAAGAAGAUGAGAUAGAAGCUAGAGAAGUGGCAGACAGUUAUGCAAACAAUGCUCGUAUUAUUGAAAAACAACUGGAAAGAAAGGGUAUGACUAAACGAAAACAAGAACAGAAUAAAAUAAAUGACAUUAAAAAAGUGCGUGGGACAUUAAUAGAUAAAUAAAUAAACUAUGUUUUAUUCCUCCUAAUAAAAUAGUUUUUU